UUGGUCUGGUCUGGAUUUGCACCAUCUUCAAUGUCACGUUUGUUGUGUGACUGAUAGCUAACAGUCUGAAUUUAUGUUUAAAUAUACCAAACAUGUAUAAACUAACGUGUACAUUAGGUGGUUAUGUGAGUAACGUGUGCCGACAGCUGACCGCCUCUCUAAAUGCAAAUGGAAGCUCUCUAUGUGGAAGCAGUGGGUUGCAGCGAGCACUUUGUACCAGUGCUGUCAGACUUCAAGACACCGCAGCAUCCACCUCAGACUCUCACACAUCCUCCAGAGACUUCAGCCACUUUCCUCCGCUGCCUCGUCAGGACAGUUUACUGAGAUGGGGUGGAAAGAAGUUUGAGGAGUUACCAAUCGCUCACAUUAAGGCCACAUACAACAACACACACAUCCAGUUGACAGACAGCAAAGGACAGUCGAUGGUCAGGACGUCCUGCGGAACAGAAGGCUUCAAGAAUGUCAAGAAGUCUACGCCCGUCGCUGCUCAGACUGCAGGCAUCUCUGCUGCGAUGAAAGCCACUGCAAAGGGAGUGACGUUUGUCCGUGUUGUGGUCAAAGGUCUGGGUCCUGGCCGUCUGUCUGCAGUGAAAGGCCUGUCGAUGGGAGGUCUGGAGAUUGUAUCAAUCACUGACAAUACCCCUGUUCCACACAACGGAUGCCGCCCUCGCAAAGCCAGGAGGAUGUGACCUCCGCGAACCAGAAUGCACUGCAGUAGAAGGAAGCUGUUGUGUUGUAAUAUGCACGUAAUAAAGUGUUUUGUCGUCUGUC